AUGAGAUUUUCAUAUGUCUUAAGUCUAUAUUUAGUGAUGGUUUCAGCCACUAUGAAGGAUUCCAAAACUAUUCUGACAGAAAUAGACACGUAACGCUCUGGAAGGAUAUUUUUAAAUGCUAUUUAGAUAGGUUUAGCAACAGGUUCACCAGUUCAUGAAAUCCAAAGUUAUAUUAAUAAUAUUAGGUAUUAUGAUAUUCUUUAUUAGUAUAGAUUUAUGAUUGAAUAAGAAUAAAAGGAUGCUGACCUAUUUAUAUAAAAUACGUAGGCUUCUUGUAAUAGAUUAUUGCAUGACUUUGCUACAAAUUUGGCUUACCAUUAAUAGUAAUUUAAAGCUCAUUCUAAAAUCGUUGAAGUAAGUAGUUUGAAUUUAUAAAUAAGGAAAACUAAAGGAAUUUGGAACGUUCUUUAAAUAAAAUUGCUGAGGUCUCUGUGGAAAUUGAAGAAAACCUAAGAAAAACAAAUGAAGGUUAGAGUGAAAGAGAUCUUUAAUACUCAGAAUUUUAAUCGAAACAAAAAGAUCACAUAGAAUCAAUUUCUGCUAUUGAUGAGGCUUAUGCAUUGAUUGAACAUUUAUCGGGUGGAUCUUCGUUCAUCCAAGUGAAAAGUAGAUUCACCAAAGUGUUGUCCAGAUUAUAAAAGUAACGUAGUGAUUUUGAAAUUCUAGUCAAUCUACAUCAGCUGGAUUAUUGUUUUAACCGAUCAUAUCCAUGAUGACUUAAAUGAGUUCAAGAGCAGAUGCAGAUCAAGCCAAGAAGGUGUUACAACUGUUAGCCAACUUAAGGGUUCAAAUUGUGGAGAGCAAAUCCUAAGAUGAGGACAUUGAGAAACAAUAGUCUUAAGGGUGGUAGAAGUUCUUAUCGGAUCUUAUCAAUGAGAGAAACACUCUCUAGGAUCAGAGGUAGAAUUUAGAAUAGGCAAUCUUAAAUUACUAAAGCAUAAUAGAAGAAUCUGAGGGAAAGGUUGAGUAUCAUUAGGCAGAAGUAGAGAGAAAUCAAGUAAUGUAAUUAAUUUAAGUUUAGAAUAAUUUGGAUGGUCAAGAUUAAUGGUGCAGACAACAGUAGGAAAUUUAUUAGAUGGAAUCUUAAUAGAGAGUUUAAUCGCUUGAUUUGAUUUCAAGAAUUGUGGAUCACAUUCAAGAUAAGAUUGUGACUCUUAAGGAGUACUUGAGAGAAAGAUUGCAAAUACACUGA